CGGAGAGCGUCGUGCCAAAUCUCAGCUUCCCGAGUGAAUCGUGUCAACAAAGUAUUACUCAACUUUUUUUGGCUGCUAAUCAGUGAAGUGUGGUUCCAAGAUGCUGGACAAGUCUGUGCUGGGCGCUAGUUGGGAGAGCGUGGUGUCGCGGGAUGACUACGAGAUCGACUACAGUCCAAGUCCGAGAGGUUCUCCGUUAAAGGAGACAUCCAACAUCCAGGAGGAUCAGACCUACUGCAUCAGCCGCCACAACCCGAACCGCACCUUCCGCCGAGAAUCAGUCAUUGCCUCUUGGAAGAGUUUGAAGAAAGAGAGAGAGCAAGCGUUGGGAAAAAGGAUUGUUUACGUGGAUGCAGAAAACUUCGAAGAUUACUAUGGAAGAAACAAGGUUAAGCGUUGCAAGAGUGAGAGGACAGCAGUUAGGACGGACAGUGUUGUCAGAGUCCCAAAGAAAGUCAAAAGGACAUAUUCGGUCUUGUACAGAUACGAUCCAAAUGAAGAGAAAGUAGUAAAAGAGUACAAAUACCAGCUGCCAAAGGAGCAAGAGCCAGUAAUGCCAAUCAGCUCGGCGAUGCAGAAGGCCUUUUCGGAACCAUUCCUCUGCCCCGACAGGACACCAAAGAAGAAAGUCAAACGUUCAUUCACCACCCUUCUGAACAUCAAAACGAAGUUCUUAAACAUAUUCACUUCGAAGAGUUAAAACUUCUCCUGUAGUUUUAAUUGGAAUAGUUGCUCAAUUCAAUGCAUUUUUAUUUAAAAUGUAGGAGUUCUCAAGGGAGUUGAAAUUGUGAUCGUUUAAUUUCUAGUCAAAAGAUUGGCGUCAAAGGACUGUAAUUAUA